AUGUUUGAAGAUCAUGAGCCACUGGAUGAAGUCCUCGAAAGAGUAGGAGCAGCCAAGACACCUCUCACUAGGUGGAUGGAAGCAAACAAAAAGUAUCUAGAAGCAAGAAAACUCACAUACCACGAAUUCCCAACUGAAUGGGUAUGGCUAAGCAAGGAAAAGAGGUGGAAAGUCAGAGAAGACAGGCUCAAAAUAGGGAGAAUAUAUUUUGUGCACCCAGCAUCAGGGGAACUUUACUACUUGCGCAUGCUCCUGAAUAUAGUUACAGGAUCCACAACCUUUGGGGAAAUAAGAACGGUAAACGGCAUAGAGUAUGGCACUUUCAAGGAAGCUUGCAAUGCUAUGAGUCUAUUAGAAGGAGAUACUGAAUGGCAUGAAGCUUUACAAGCUGCAUCAUCGUGGGCCCAUGCCCCACAGCUUAGAGAGUUGUUUGUUACAAUUUUAAUUUUCUGUGAAGUUUCAAAUCCCAGUGACUUAUGGUAUAAAAACUGGGCGCUUCUGUCAGAGGAUGUGCUAUAUCGGCAACGCAAAAGUUUUAAUAACCCCAACAUCAUGUUGACGACCAACCAACUGCAAAAUUAUGCAUUAUAUGAGAUUGAAUUGAUCCUCAACCGAAAUAAUCGGAGUCUCACAAACUAUGGAAGCAUGCCGUUCCAAGACAGGUCUUUAGUGCAACAAACAUCAAACAAGUUGAUAUUGGAAGAGCAAAUGUAUGAUGUGGGGACCCUAGCAGAUGAAGCAUCUACUCUCAAAGGAGGGCUAAAUCCAGAACAAAACACUAUCUACCAUCAGAUACUCGAGGCAGUAAAAAAUAGAGCAGGAGGAGUGUUCUUCAUUUAUGGAAGCGGGGGGGAAGAUGAAGCCAGCUGGAUUCAAAUUCCCCCCGACCUACUGGUAAAACACCAUGAAGACAAAAAGGCAGCCCUCGUGGAAGAAAUUUACCCAGACCUCCUUACCAGGUACACAGACAUCAAAUACCUAGCUGAUAGAGCAAUAUUAGCGCCUAAAAACGAUUGUGUUGAUGAAAUCAAUAACUACAUACUCUCUUUGAUCCAUGGAGAAGAAGGAGUGUAUAAAAGUGUUGAUAGAGUAGAAGGAUUAUGCAACGGAACAAGGCUCAUCAUAACACGGUUGGAACAAGUUGUGAUUGAAGCACAAGUGGUGACUGGAACAAAUGUGGGACGACGAGUAUCUAUUCCGCGGGUAGAGAUGACACCAGCUAAUCACACACUCCCAUUCACUAUGAAGCGCAGACAAUUCCCUGUCAAGGUAUGUUUUGCAAUGACAAUAAACAAGAGCCAGGGACAAACAUUCAACCGUGUGGGUGUAUAUUUGCCAGAGCCCGUCUUCAGCCACGGGCAACUAUAUGUGGCUGUUUCUAGAGUCACGUGUCGAUCAGGUCUCCGAAUUUGUAUAGGACCCGAUGGAGACAGUACAGAAGAUAGUACAGUCACAAAGAAUGUAGUCUAUAGAGAAAUCUUUGACAAUGUUUGA